UUCGAAACUACACCUGAGGUUUCAUGUGUUGUGUUGUGACAUGUUGAAAAGACUCUUCGCUUCUUCGGACAGUUAAAACAAGCUGUCCGUGUGACAGACAGGUAACCUCUGCUCUCUUGUGUUCGGCGAUACAAGCAUGUCCUCGGCGGGGGUAGUUCUGGGUUUCCUGGAGGAGGCGGAGCCGUGGCGGCUCCUGUCGCCGCAGUUCCCCAGUAAAGUCGGAGGUAAACCGGCGUGGCUCAGCCAGAGAGGCCUGCCCGCCCAGCCCGAGCUGGAGUGUGAGAUAUGCCACCUGCCUAUGGCUUUCCUGCUGCAGGUGUACGCACCAAUUUCUGGUCAGGACAGAAGUUUCCACAGGACGCUCUUCCUAUUCUGCUGCAAAACUCACGAGUGCUACGUGUGCAACGACAGCCGCUGCAUGAAAGUUUUCAGAAGUCAGCUACCCAGGAGGAAUGAUUUCUACCCCUACGACCCUCCACCAGAGGAUGAACCCCCCAGUGACUCUGACCCGGUCCAGAGUGUGUUGUCUGUCUCUGGAGUGAAACUAUGUUGGGUGUGCGGUUGCCCCGGUAAAAAGGCCUGCUCCCGCUGUCACGCUGUGAGCUACUGUGGAAAACACCACCAGACCCUCCACUGGAAGCACGCACACAAGAGGGAGUGCUGCAGCCAAGAAGCGUCCAUUGUCACAACCUCUCCCUUCCUCUUCCCGGAGUCGGAGCUGGUCACUGAGCCUGAGGAGGAGGAAGAGGAGAAGCAGGAGGACACAAAGAAGGCUGAAGACGAAGAAGAAGAGGAAGGGAGUGUAGAUUUUUCCUCCUUAGCAGAUACCCUGGCAGAGGCAGACCUGGAGGAGAUGGCAAUGCACGAGACUGAAGACAACAAAGUGUUCCAGCGGUUUAAAAAGAAGAUUGAACCGGAACCACACCAGGUGGUGCGUUACAGUCGAGGGGGCUCUCCCUUGUGGGUCUCUUCUCAGCACAUCCCUUCAGAUCAGAAUAUCCCACCAUGCACCUGUGGCGCCAAGAGGAUUUUUGAGUUUCAGGUGAUGCCGCAGCUGUUGAACAGUCUGUGUGUGGACUCGACGGGAGCCAGUAUUGACUGGGGGACACUGGCUGUCUACACAUGCUCUGCCAGCUGUAACAAUGAUGACCGGUACUGCCCCGAGUUCAUCUGGAAGCAGGACUUCAGAUCAGCACACACAGAUUAAUCCCACAUAAUGCAUGUGUGGACAGAGUUUAGGAGACACUGAUGCACAUGAAGACGCAGCAGUGGAGAAGCUGGAUUUAAUCACACUUCUAGUGAUGUCACUCUAUUUAGUGGACUGGACACCGAUCAUACAUAAAUCCUCCCUCUGAGACUAUCAAGUAGAAUUAUGUUUUUGGAUGGAUGGAUAUUCACUGUCUGAAUUUCUUUUUAUGAGCAACAGUUGUACAUGUAUUAUUCUUUGGACAGACUGUGUGAUAUUGAGAUAUAUAUAUAUAGAUAGAUAGAUAGAUAAAUAAAAAAUUUGUCAUUUUUCUGA